GCGACCGGAAGUGCGCGUUGGAAGGCUCCGGCAGGUGGUUCGGCUCGGCCCCGGGACGAGACCGGCGACGCAAGAUGGAAGCGGGCGGGGAUCCUCUUCGGGAGCCGCAUUCUCCGAAUGAGAACUCCUUGAAGAACGUGGAACGAGGGGAACUAGAUCACCCUGCUGCUUCGGAGACCCCAGAGAGCUGUUUUUCUAACAAGACUGGAUCUGCUAGUCCUCUUCACUCCACACAAGAGACAGUAGAAAUCCCAAAGAGUGGCAAAAGUAGUGCUGCGUCGCUAAAGUUUUCCCAUGGGGUUGAACAGAUGGCAGAUGUUUCGGGGUCAUGUGACUCUGGGGGGGCCAGCUGGGUCCCCCGGCAGCAGUUCCUCUGGGGGGAGGAGAUGUCUGGAACCCCAGCCUUGCAGAGUGGCCCUUCAGACAGAAACGGAGUCCCUAAGGAUGCGCAGCAUUGGAAUGUAGGCUCCAUUUUUCCUCUGGACAAGUAUGGUUCCCCCAAUAUGUUCUCUCCCUUUGUCAUGUGGGGUGAAUUAAAAACUGGAAUCUCAGCUGCCGGUAGCGGAAGUGCCAAACCAACCCGCCUGGGUAAUGGGAAGUUGGAGACGGAAGCUGCAGCCCAUGACACCCCUGAGGAGGAGGAGGAAGAGGAGGAGGAGGAGGACUUUGGCAUCAAACUCUCCCAUUGGCACAGUAGAAAGCCAGAGUCGGAACAGUCUCCCCUUCAGCCCACCGAGGACGAUGACCCCACUUUGCUGGCCAUGUUCCAUGCUGUGGCCGGCAGCCAUUUGGCUGUGCGCAGCCAACAGAAGGACGAGCCGGACUUCACGCUGGCGCAGAAAGUGGCCAUCCUGCGGGAGCUGUACCAUGCCAAGCCCCUGGUCUUCCUAGAGCGCUUCCGCACCGCCCUGCGGGAAGAUCACCUGCCCUGCUUCCACCACCUCUCCGGCAACUACGAGGCGGACUUCUACUGCGCUGAGGUGCGCCGGGCCGGGCUGGGCAAAACACGCCGCACCCGGGUGCGGAACAAGCGGUAUGCGGCUUUGCAGCAGCUCAUUCAAGGCGGGGAAUACUUCAGCGACGAGCAGAUGCGCUCCCGGGACCCCUUGCUCUACGAGCACUACAUCGGGCAGUACCUGAGCGACCUGGAGCUGGAGGAGCUGGACAGCUGCAAGCGGGAGGCGGCCUGCUCUCUCUCGGGGGCCCUGCUGGACUCCUACCAGGAAGGCAUCAUCCAGCGGAGGCUGCAGGUCCAGCAGGAACAGGAGGACGCCUGCCUGGAGGAAGAGGAGGAGGCCAGCAGCGAGAGCGGCGACGACGACGAAGCCAUGGUGUCCAACUCCGGCACGGACGAGUGGGUGCCCGACACGGAGGAGAAAGCCUUCCUGCGGGAGGAGUUCACCAGCCGCAUGUACCAGCGCUUCCUCGACGGCAAAGACCGGGAUUUUGACUACAGCGAGGUGGACGAGAACCCCGACUUCGACAACCUGGACAUCGUAUCCCGGGACGAAGAGGAGCGCUAUUUUGACGGGGAGGAACCGGAGGAGGCCGACUCGAUGGAAGCGGAGUAGAGGGGACCGGCAGCUGAAGAGCCUGGCCCCGACGUGGAGGUGAGGGGUCCACCCGGACGUAACAGGGCGGCCGCACUUGGGUCUCUCUAGCCAGUUCGCGCAACAUUCGUCCUACUGAGUCGGGCGGCAGCUCCGGAUAGGGCUCAGAAGAGCUGAUCUGGAUUGUAGGGAGGAAGACGUGGGAGAAAACUAAUCUGUGACGGCUUUAACUGCUUCUGUACCCCAAGAACACCCACCCCCCGAAGUUCCUUUCCAAGCCAUUUCUUUGUGGCUAACAGGACGAUGGCUGUCUCGUUCCAGGACGCCCCUCACCCAAGAACAUUCCUGCCGUGGGGAAGAUGUGCCCUUUUAGGCCCACCUUCCCCACCCCCAACGCCGAUAUCUCCUUGGCCUGUAACCAAAGGAGGGAGGGAUCUCACCUGGGGGGAGGGGUUGGGUCAGGAGGGCUGUGAGUCCACCGGCUCUGCUCUGUCGCUCAGGACCAAGCCGGAUCCAGUGCAAAAAAUUUUUGCGGGGUGUUUGAAAGCUGAAAAUAAACCAUCUUUUGAGUAUUUGCUGGAA